ACUUAUGUCAUCUGAAACCUAUGCGACACGCACUCCCUCUCUCUCUUUCUCCGUCUCUCUCCGACUCUGCUGCAAUCUUCCGUUGGUGGAGAAACCCUAAAAGCACCACGAAACGCAGUCGUUUCGACCUUUCCUCUUCAGAAUGUGUCUGCUGCGGUGCUGAAAGUAUGCGGCGCAUUUCUAUGGAAUUUUUCUGUGAAUUACACACUCAAUAACUCAUUGUUGUUACGGUAGUUUAGUAUGGAUGUUCAAGUGAUAGAUGUGGAAGAAGGAAUGGGUCAUCGGGGUGCAGCAGAUGAUGGAAAUGCUGAGCUCAAUGAAGGUGAAGUAAAUGCUGCUGAUAAUUCCACAGCUCAUGAUGAGGAUGGGAUUGACGAGCCGUAUGUGGGUAUGGAAUUUGAUUCUGAAGAGUCUGCUAAGAGUUUCUAUGACGAGUAUGCGAGACGGUUGGGUUUUAGCUCCAAAGCUGGUCAGUCUAAUCGCUCUCAAUCUGAUGGGGCAACCAUUACUAGAGACUUUGUAUGUGGCAGAGAGGGGUUAAAAAGAAGGCAUGCUGAUAGCUGCGAUGCAAUGCUCAGGAUAGAGUUAAAGGGUCAAGACAAGUGGUUUGUGACAAAAUUUAUAAAGGAGCAUUGCCAUUCCCUGGUGAGUGCAAGUAAGGUGCAUUACCUUCGGCCUCGCAGACAUUUUGCCGGUGCUUCGAAGACCAUGGCUGAAACUUACCAAGGGGUGGGAAUUGUUCCAAGUGGUGUUAUGUAUGUCUCCAUGGAUGGAAACCAUGUCCCUGGAGAGGCAAAUCGUGGAGUUAGGAAAACACCUCCUGCAGAAUCCAAUCGCCCUGGUAAAAACACUGGGGCAAUGAAUUAUGUUGUUAGACCUUCUAAUCGAAAGAGGACACUUGGGAGGGAUGCUCAGAAUUUGCUGGAGUAUUUCAAGAAAAUGCAGGCUGAGAAUCCUGGAUUCUUCUAUGCAAUACAACUUGAUGAUGAUAACCGCAUGGCUAAUGUAUUUUGGGCAGAUGCAAGGUCAAGGACAGCUUACAGUCAUUUUGGUGAUGCAGUAACACUGGACACCAUGUACAGAGUAAAUCAGUAUAGAGUGCCAUUUGCUCCAUUUACUGGGGUGAACCAUCAUGGUCAGACAGUUUUGUUUGGUUGUGCGUUACUUCUAGAUGAUUCAGAGGCUUCUUUUAUCUGGCUUUUUAAGACGUUUCUUACGGCAAUGAGUGAUCACCCUCCUGUCUCUAUAAUCACUGAUCAAGACAGAGCAAUACAGACUGCUGUCUCUCAGGUGUUUCCAGAAGCCCGCCACUGUAUUAGCAAGUGGCAUGUCUUGAGAGAAGGCCAGGAAAAGCUGGCUCAUGUAUGUCACGUACAUCCUAAUUUUCAGGUGGAACUGUAUAACUGUAUCAACUUGACUGAAACUAUUGAGGAGUUUGAAUUGUCUUGGAAUUCAGUCCUUGAUAAAUAUGAUCUCAGGAGAAACGAUUGGCUUCAAUCAUUAUAUAAUGCUCGUGCUCAAUGGGUCCCCGUAUAUUUUCGGGAUUCCUUUUUUGCUGUUCUAUCUCCUAAUCAAGGAUUUGAUGGUUCAUUUUUUGAUGGUUAUGUGAAUCAACAGACCACUUUGCCUAUGUUCUUUAGGCAGUAUGAAAGAGCUUUAGAGAGCUCGUUUGAAAAGGAAAUAGAAGCAGAUUUUGAUACAAUUUGCACCAUGCCAGUACUGAGGACACCAUCACCAAUGGAAAAACAGGCAGCAAAUCUUUAUACAAGGAAAAUCUUUGCGAAAUUUCAGGAAGAGCUAGUUGAAACAUUUGUGUAUACAGCAAAUAGAAUUGAAGGUGAUGGAGCUAUUAGCACAUUCAGGGUUGCAAAGUUUGAGGAUGAUCAAAAGGCAUAUAUUGUCACAUUAAACUAUCCUGAGAUGAGAGCAAGCUGCAGUUGUCAAAUGUUUGAGUAUUCUGGAAUUCUUUGUAGACAUGUUUUGACUGUGUUCACUGUGACAAAUGUGCUUACAUUGCCAUCCCAUUACAUAUUGCCCCGUUGGACUAGAAACGCGAAGAGUGGAGUUGGAUUAGAUGAACAUGGUGGUGAAUUACAUGGCCAAGAGUGUCUGACAUUGCGGUAUAACAAUCUAUGCCGGGAAGCCAUCAAGUAUGCUGAAGGAGGGUCUAUAGCUGUAGAAACUUAUAAUGUGGCAAUGAUUGCUCUUAAAGAAGGUGUGAAGAAGGUUGCUGGGGUUAAGAAAAAUGUGGCCAAAGUUGCACCUCCUACAUCUCAGGUUAGUAGUAUUGGCUAUGAUGACAAGAAGACCUCUGCAUCAGCUUCAGAUAUGACCCCACUGUUGUGGCCACGCCAAGAUGAGGUGACACGGCGAUUUAAUCUGAAUGAUACUGGUGCUCCUGCUCAAUCUGUUGCUGAUUUGAAUUUGCCUCGGAUGGCUCCUGUCUCUCUUCACCGAGAUGAUGGUCCUCCUGAAAACAUGGUUGUUCUUCCUUGUCUAAAGUCAAUGACUUGGGUUAUGGAGAAUAAGAAUUCAGUGCCAGGGAACAGAGUAGCUGUGAUUAAUCUGAAGUUGCAAGAUUAUAGCAGAACCCCUUCAGCAGAAUCAGAGGUUAAGUUUCAGCUCUCGAGGGUAUCACUUGAACCUAUGUUGAGGUCUAUGGCCUACAUCAGCGAACAGCUAUCAACACCAGCCAAUAAGGUUGCUGUUAUAAACUUGAAGCUUCAAGAUACUGAGACAACUUCAGGAGAGUCAGAGGUUAAAUUUCAGGUGUCCAGAGAUACUUUAGGUGCCAUGCUGAGAUCAAUGGCUUAUAUACGUGAGCAGCUUUCAAAUCCUGUCGAGACCCACUCAGAGCCUCUUUCCAAAAAGCAAAGGAAGUAAAGCAUGGUAAUUGUGGACUUCAAAUUUCAUGCCCAGGUUCCUAUGGAUGGAAAAGUAGUAGGGUCACCUCUGCAGUCAGUUGGGAUGUUUGCAUUUUCUAAUUAUAUGUUGGAUAGCCUCUCUUUUCCCCUUCUCUGUAAGCUUGUCCAACAUACUUGUACAUGUAAUGUAUCAAACUUGUGAAUUCAAGGCAUAAAAGAGUCUUUUUUUAGGUCU